AUGGCUAUCUCUGUGCAUUUCUCCGGUUAUCUUGCCACCCCUCACCGGGUUGACGUGACUUUACCGGUGGUUCAGCCAAGAAUAUUCCAAUCGCGGAAGCCUGUCUCCAUUCGGUGCUCAUCUAAUCCGGCCGGGGACGACAAUGAAUUCGACACUAAGAAGUUCCGGCGCGAUCAAAAUAAGAGAGAGAAUUAUAACCGAACCGGUUUCUCCAAACACGAACAACAAACUCUUGAGGCCAUGGAUCGCGAGUACAAGAACAGUGAAAUCAUGAAGACAUUGGAAGAAAAUGGAUGGGACUUUACAUGGGAUGACGUGACGGUAAGACUAGCAAAAGCAUAUGGUUUUUGUUGGGGAGUUGAAAGGGCUGUCCGGAUUGCUUAUGAAGCCCGGCAGGAGUUUCCAACCCAGAAGAUUUGGCUCACAAAUGAAAUUAUUCACAAUCCUACGGUCAACAAGCGUCUGGAGGAGAUAAAAGUUGAGUUCAUCCCGGUGGAAGAUGGGAAGAAACAAUUUGAAGUUGUUAAUCAAGGUGACCUCAAAUUCAAGAACGUUGUUGUUUUGUCUGCGUUUGGGGCUGCCGUUGGGGAGAUGUUGAUUUUGACUGACAAGAAUUUGAAGAUAGUUGACACUACUUGUCCAUGGGUUGCAAAGGUAUGGAACAGUGUUGAGAAGCAUAAGAAAAAUGAUUACACUUCAAUCCUUCAUGGUAAAUAUGCUCAUGAAGAGACCAUAGCGACUGCAUCAAAUGCCAAGAAGUAUAUCAUAGUGAAGAACAUGUCUGAGGCAACAUAUGUUUGUGAUUACAUUCUCGGUGGUCAGCUGGAUGGAUCUAGCUCUACAAAGGAAUCAUUUCUCAAGAAAUUCGAGCUUGCAAUCUCAGAAGAUUUUGAUCCUGAUGUUGAUCUUGAGAAAAUUGGUAUCGCGAACCAAACAACUAUGUUGAAGGGAGAAACAGAAGAGAUUGGAAAAUUGGUGGAAAGGACCAUGAUGAAGAAGUACGCAGUCGAAAAUGUCAACGCUCACUUCUUAAGUUUCAACACUAUUUGUAACGCAACUCAGGAGCGACAAGAUGCCAUGUAUGAGUUGGUGGAGAAACCACUAGAUCUAAUGCUUGUCGUUGGAGGGUGGAACUCUAGCAACACUUCACAUUUACAAGAAAUUGCGGAGGAGCGUGGAAUUCCAUCAUAUUGGAUCGACAGCGAGCAAAGAAUUGGACCCGGAAACAAAAUUUCUUACAAAUUGAUGCAUGGAGAGUACAUGGAGAAAGAGAACUUCUUAUCAGAAGGUCCAAUUACGAUCGGUAUUACAUCCGGUGCAUCCACUCCUGACAAGGUUGUUGAAAAUCUUCUUCUUAAGGUAUUCGACCUCAAGCCUUCCAACAAAUAA